GCAGUCGGCCCCGAGCAACAGGCGGCGCGCGCGCAACUUGCGUUCACGCAGUGAAAGUCUGCGUGACUCACCAGCUGCAGUCAUGAACGAGUACGCCGAAUACGGGUGGAAGCUGCAUCAGAUGCAGAAUGAGCGUUUAUGUGGGGCAACUAGAAAACGUUUAACUGAUGGUGAUAGACAACGCGCACUCGUGGGACUGAAAGAGGCAGUUGAUUCUAGUCUCAACCUCGCUUUACGUGACAAAAGCCGAUGUCAAGACGAUAACUUCCUGCGAAGAUUUCUUUAUGCUCGUAAACACGAUGUGCAACAGAGUUUCGAGUUAUUGGUGCGCUACCAUCAAUUUAGACGCGAUCAUCCUGAAUUGUGGGCUUCGCCUGAUGGUGGUGUAUUACGUGCGUUAGCUGACGGAUUGCCUGGUGUGCUCGCCGAGCGGGACCGUAGAGGUCGUUGUGUGCUUCUAAUGUUUGCUGCCAAUUGGACUCCUCAUGCCUGUUCUCUUCUUUCUGUGCAUAGAUCUUUACUACUCACAUUGGAACGCACUCUCGAAGAUGUACAAAAUCAAGCAAAUGGAUAUGUGAUUAUCGUGGAUUGGACUGAGUUUACUUUCAGACAAUCGUGUAGUUUACAAGCUAAAGUAUUGAAGUUAAUGAUUGACUGUAUACAGGAUUGCAUGCCAGUUCGUUUUAAAAGCAUACAUUUUAUCGGUCAACCGUGGUAUGUGGAAACGGCUUUGGCGGUAAUAAAACCAUACCUUAAAGCGAAGACACGGGAACGUAUUGUGCUUCAUGGGAAUAAUUUGUCGACACUUCACGAUUCUCUACCACUAGAUAUUCUUCCAGCUGAGUUAGGAGGCGAGGGACCAUCUUAUAACUCAGAGCGAUGGAUUCAGGAAUUUUGUCGAGGUGAAAACAUUUGCCCUGCACCUAUAGCACCAGUGUCUACAAUUGCGCCCCAGGAAAAUGACCCACCUACUGCAAAAUUGGACAAAGCGUACAUUCAAAAAGACAAUGUGAAUUUUCAUGGCAGCGAAAAAAGUGCAAAAUCGGAGUUAUUACGUGACAAAGAUUGAUCUUGACGUUCUUAUUGAAUGCAAUGGCAAAAUGGACAGCUCUCUGUCUGGUCACGCUUGUGGCGCCCUACGAACGUGCUGCGGACGGAUUUUGUGAUAUCUUUUAUAUUCUAUAAUGCUAAUUUAUUGUCCAGAGACUACAGAGGGUAAAUGCCUCAUUAGAAAGCCGUUCAUAUAUGGUCAGGUGCAUUUAUAUGGUCUUGCAUUUAAUAGCACCGUUUGGUAGGUGGGUGUUCGUUUCGGUUCGUGGUCAUAUAAAUAGUGAGUCAGCGCAGUUAGUAUGGUGCGGGCGGUGAGGUCGACGCAUCCCCUCACUGCACUGCACCACGGUCGCCGUCCGGUCGUCUCUCAACUGCGCUAACGCAUGUAACGGUGUCGAGCUCUCAUUUUGCCGCAUCGGUUCGGUUCAAGAGCGCCGGAAUCGUCUUAUUUGUUGCAUCAGAUUGCUCUCAGCUACUUUCUUACUUUAUUCUUUAUAACCUAACCAGUACUUGUAAUUAAAAAAAUAUCUCAUUUAUGUAAUAAAUAUGAACUACUAAUUUUAUUAUAGCUUUGCUCACGAGGCUUGUUGCGCAUUUAUUAUGACAUUAUGUUAGACCCAUGUUUAGAAAAUAAUAGAUACCGUCCUGAUGUGAAAUAUUUUAAUGAUAAGUGUCUAUUGUAUUUGUAUUGGAUAGGAGUACGUCAUCCUGUGUAGUGUGUUUAUGUCUUUGUAUUUUGUCAUAAAUUAUUUUGUGUGUACUAUGUAUCUUUUGUUGGAAAGACCUUGCUUGAUAUUUAUUCAUGUUGAUGCUCUCUUCCAUGAUGAUGAUUUAUUUAUAGUAAGGUUAUAUUAAUUGUAUAGACAGAUGACUGCUGUGACAUUAGAUAAUAACGUAAUUUUGAAUUAUAAUUUUGACACCCAUCUCUAAUCUCUUAAAUUAUAUUGGAGAAAUGUACAAUUCAUAGCAAUGGGAUUGAAACAGUUAGAACUGAUAUUCAAUAAAAGUAUAAAAUAAUU